GUCAGAGAGCUGCUGAUGAAGGGGCUGCUCCUCUUCCUCUCCUGUGUCCUCUGUGUCUCUGCUGACGCUCUGCACAGUGACAUUGCUGUUGGUGGCUGUUCAGAGUCUGAUGGAGAGAACAUGUAUGGACUGGAUGGUGAAGAGCUUGCCUACGCAGACUUCAACAAACAGGAGAUGAUCUACCCUCUGCCUCCUUUUAUUGAUCCUAUGACUGUACCAGGAGGUUAUGAAUCAUCUGUGGCUUUUCAACAGACCUGUAGAGAGAACAUGAAGCUUUUUGGUAAAGGCAUGAAGGACUACCCUCCAGAACAGGAUGUUCCUUCAGCUGUGAUGAUCUACACCAGAGAUGAGGUGGAGUUUGGAGAGGAGAACACUCUGAUCUGUCACGUGACUGGUUUCUAUCCUGCUCCUGUCAACGUCUCCUGGACCAAG